GCUGGAGAGUUCGCGGCGAUGGCGACGACGGCUCGGUGCUGGAAGGGGACGCAGUGAAGCUGGCCUCGGCUCGGAUAUGACUAAUGUCUAUUUGUUCGAGGUUGCUUUGCUGCUCAGUAAUUGCACGGGCUUCGGAUGACUCUUUGGCUUCUAACUUCUCAGCACUCAUUCGACUGACUUCCAUGUCUUACUUGUGAGGGUUUCUGAACAGGAUCACCAGGACUGCUUAUCGUCAUCGCUGAUUGUCUGUGACUUAUCCAGGCCGGAGUUCCUUGUUGGGUGACCCACACUCCUUUACAGGGACCAUGGGGGAGGAGGGGCAGCAGAGUCUGGAGUGUAUCCAGGCCAAUCAGAUCUUCCCCAAGAAGUCCCCUGUCCUGGAGGAGGAAAACAUGCAGGUGCCCUUUCCUGAGCUGCAUGGGGAGUUCACAGAGUAUGUGGGGAGAGCAGAGGAUGCCAUCAUCGCAAUGUCCAACUACCGCCUACACAUAAAGUUCAAAGAGUCUGUUGUCAACAGUUGUUGUUGUGAGGUGUCAGUCCCUCUUCAGCUCAUUGAGAGUGUGGAGUGUCGUGAUAUGUUCCAGCUUCAUGUUACCUGUAAGGACUGCAAAGUCGUAAGGUGCCAGUUCUCCACCUUUGAGCAGUGUCAGGAAUGGUUGAAACGCCUGAAUGUGGUAUUGCGCCCUCCCUCUCGCUUGGAAGACCUCUUUUCUUUUGCCUUCCACGCCUGGUGCAUGGAGGUGUACGCUGGUGAGAAGGAGCAACAUGGCGAACUGUGCAGACCAGGUGAACAUGUGACCUCGUGGUUCAAGAAUGAGGUGGAGAGGAUGGGCUUUGACACACAAAACGCCUGGAGGAUAUCUGACAUCAACAGCAAGUUCAGGCUUUGCCCCAGCUAUCCUCAGCAACUCCUAGUGCCCGCCUGGAUCACUGACAAGGAGCUGGAAAAUGUGGCAGCCUUCCGCUCUUGGAAGAGGUUUCCUGCUGUGGUUUAUAGGCACCUGAGCACAGGAGCUGUUAUUGCCCGCUGUGGCCAACCAGAGGUCAGCUGGUGGGGCUGGAGGAAUGCUGAUGAUGAACACCUGGUCCAGUCCAUCGCCAAGGCCUGCGCUGUGGACAGCAGCUCCCGCAAACACCUCUCCAAUGGCAACUACACCAACGGCUCAGACCUGCCUGAUACUGAUUUUGAAUCCUCCAUGACCAACAGCUCAGAGGUGGAGACGUUGGCCAUCCAGCCCCACAAGUUACUGAUCCUGGAUGCCAGGUCCUAUGCUGCUGCUGUGGCUAACAGGGCCAAGGGGGGAGGCUGUGAAUGCCCAGAGUACUAUCCCAACUGUGAGGUGGUGUUCAUGGGAAUGGCUAACAUCCACUCCAUCCGCAAGAGUUUCCAGUCUCUGCGUUUCCUCUGUACUCAGAUGCCUGAUCCAGCCAACUGGCUUUCUGCAUUGGAGAGCACCAAGUGGCUGCAGCACCUGUCCCUGCUGCUGAAGGCGGCCCUGCUGGUGGUCAACGCUGUGGACCGAGACCACAGGCCCGUUCUGGUGCACUGCUCUGACGGCUGGGACCGCACACCUCAGAUUGUUGCUUUGUCCAAGCUGCUGCUGGACCCUUACUAUCGCACUAUUGAGGGCUUCCAGGUUUUGGUGGAGACAGAAUGGCUUGACUUUGGCCAUAAGUUUGCUGACCGCUGUGGCCACGGGGAAAACUCAGAGGACCUAAACGAGCGCUGCCCUGUCUUCCUGCAGUGGCUGGACUGUGUCCACCAGCUGCAGAGGCAAUUCCCGUGCUCCUUUGAGUUUAAUGAGGCCUUCCUGGUAAAACUGGUGCAGCACACCUACUCCUGUUUGUUCGGCACCUUCCUGUGUAACAGUGGUAAGGAGAGGGAGGAUCGCCACGUUCAGGAGAGGACCUGCUCAGUCUGGUCACUGCUCAGACCAGCCAACCGCACACUGAGGAACAUGUUGUACUCCUCACACUCAGAGACUGUUCUUCACCCAGUGUGUCACGUGCGGAACCUGAUGCUGUGGACAGCAGUCUAUCUACCCAGCUCCUCUCCCACAACCCCAUCCGAUGACUCCUGUGCCCCCUACCCUGUGCCCGGUGCCAACCCGGAAGAUGCGCCCCUGGGCAGACGUACGAAGACUCGCUCUUUUGACAACUUGCCCAGUGCAUGUGAGCUGGGAAGCUCGCUGGCUCCCAACCGCCGCUCCAGUGACCCGAGCCUCAAUGAGAAGUGGCAGGACCACCGGCGCUCUCUGGAGCUCAACAUGGCAGUGGGGCCUGAGGGAGGGGGAAACCAGGAUCAGGAGGUUCGGCCCAACGGAGUAGGGCCUUAUCCAGAUGGACCGGACUCUGAACUGGAUGACAGCCCACAGUCCCAGAACUCACAGGCUGAACUCAGGCAGGGAGCUCCUGUGAACCUAGCAGGAGAGGAAGCAGAGGAGGCGGAGCUCUCUGUGGCAGUGGGUGUGGCCGAGGGCCAAAUGGAGAACAUUCUUCAGGAAGCCACGAAGGAGGAGGCAGGAGCUGAUGUUCAGAAAGAGGGAAGUGCUGUUGUCUCUGAAGUUAUCAAUACUGGUGACACAGAGGUGGAGACAGAAGCAAAAGUUGAGGAGGAACAUCAGUUGACAAAGGCAGACAGACCUGAGAUUGAGCAAGAAAUAUUUACUAAUGGUCACCAUCCAGAAAAUGGUGUGAUGGAGAAUGAGGAGGAUGGGGACUCUCCCACUCUGCCCACACAGAAGGACGAUGAGCUGGAUCAACAAGCAACUGAGGUGACUCAGACAUCAGAAGAUGUAGUGAAGCAGAAUGUAGAGAACUCUUCUGUACCGGAGGAGCUUGCACAUGGACCUAGUGAGUCCAGCUUAGGUGAGCCAGAGGAGCCUGCAGCCCACAGAACUAUAACUAACGGCUUUGUGGACAGGUCACCUGAAGAGCUGGGCAUAGAUGAGGAGAACUCUCCGGACUCUGAAUCUGACCACGGUGUGUCUGAACCGGUGGAGCAGUUGGAUAAGAGAGCCUCACUGAUGGAGAGCUCAACAGAGACUUUAACUGAAGAAGCCUGCAGCAGGCUGGAGCUCCCAGCACAGCCGCCUGUGUGUCUGAACCGACAGCCCUGCACUGACAGCAGGAGCCAGGUGCCCUGCUCCAGAAAGGAAAAAGGGCUGGAAACUGGUGAGCACGGCUUUAUCAGAACUUUAAAUGGGGGCUGCAAGCGACCCUCUGUCAGUGCCUUUCAGUCUGCGAGUGCUGACCUUAGCAGGGAUGGGCUUUGUAAUGGUGACAGCACAGAUGGAGAUCCCUGCGGAGGACCUCACUGGGCCAAAGGGAAUGGGGAGCGGGCCCCUCUGAGUCGACAGGUAUCCCUAGUAAGCUGCAAUUCCCUGAUUCUCCACCCGCGGGGCAGCUGCUCUCAGCACAGGUGGUGCCACGCCCUGCAUGGUCGAGCAGCCAUCAGCCCGGAGCAGCCGUCCCGUAGCCACUUGGAUGAUGACGGGCUGACCCUGCACACAGAUGCCAUCCAGCAAAGGCUGAGGCAGAUCGAGGCGGGACACCAGAUGGAGGUGGAGACUUUGAAGAAGCAAGUGCAGGAGCUGUGGAGCCGCCUGGAGAAUCAGCAGCACGCCGGAUCCCACAGAAUCAACGGAGACAUGGGAGACGAAGUGACCUCAAUGACGGACUCGGAGUACAACCAAGACCCAAACUGUCUGUCGCGCUGCAGCACAGAGCUCUUCUCUGAGGCCAGCUGGGAGCAGGUGGACAAGCAGGAUACUGAGGUCACUCGCUGGUACCCUGAUCACUUGGCAGCCCAGUGUUACGGCUGUGAGAGCAGGUUCUGGCUCGCCACCAGGAAGCAUCACUGCAGUGGCAGAGAGCCUGUCCAGGAGGUCUGGAACUGCGGUAACGUGUUUUGCGCCAGCUGUUGUGACCAGAAGAUCCCAGUGCCAAGCCAGCAGCUGUUCGAGCCCAGCCGUGUCUGUAAGACCUGCUACAGCAGCCUCCAGCUCAGCUCGCCCCCCCUGGACCUGGAGCUGGAGAAACCCAUCACAGCCAGCUCCAACUGAGGCUCAGAGGAGCGGGAUGGAGGGGAGUCGGGCUGAGCCGCCAGCCGCUGACACAGGCGCACUGCUGAAGAGCACAGGAGCUACACAGAAUGUCCCAUGUACUUUGUGUGUGUGUGUGCUGCAGAUAUGGAAUUUCAUGUGUAUAUAUGGAAGGUGACAUGUUGGCGAGAUGCCGAGCGCUCUGAACGGUGGGUGUGCACAGGGGUGGGUGAGUGUGUGAGAGAGGCCACACAGAGGGUUUGUGGCAGUGAUGAACUGCACUCCAAGGACAGAGGAGUGAGAAUGGACAUCCUGGUGCCUUGGACCAGGCAGGCAGAGAAGGUCGUCUCACUGUGUUUGCUGAAGUCUCCUGGAGGACUUUGGUCUAUUGAAUCAUUUCCCUGCUCAUCAAGGUUUCUCAUCAAACCUCUCAGUACCAUCAUCUCCCAGCCUGGAGGCUAUGACAUCAGCACUGACGAGGAAGCAAUCAUGAGACUCUCCCUCAGCAGUAGAGAUGUCCAGACACUGAGCUGAAGCUCACAAAUGCUGUUUAGGAAAACUUAAAGGGUCAGUUCACACAAAUCAUGUAGAAAUCAUAGUUCUUCAUUUAGCUCUGGUGAUACCUACUAAUGUGUCUACAUUUAUUUUUCUUAGGUUCUUGCUGCCUCCACAGUAAUGAAUUGCAUUAAGACUGCACUGUUAUUGUCUUUACGCAUUAGUCUGCAAGUCAUGUUGUCAGUUAAUUAUUUAAUCUUUUUUCUGUAAAAUGUCAGAAAAUAGUUACAUGUGGCCAUUGUGUUCAAAGAAGUCAAAUCCAAAGUGAAAGGAAGUUCAGUUCAGUAGCGUACAUGAAUGAGAAGUCAGAAUAUUUUACAUUGCCGAAACUUGAAGCAGAGAGAGGUAUUUUUUGCUUGACUGAUUAUCAGUUAAUUUUCAAUUAUGUGACUAUUCAAUUAUGAAAUAACUAACUGAUGUUUGUAGCUCAGAGCGCUGACAAAUGACAUUUAAAGUGGUGCUGCAGGGAUUUAGCAUCACAUUUACAAACACUUUUCAAAAGACACAUUUAAAGAGGAAGUCUAAAGAUCUAAGCAGCAGAGAUGGCUGGCUGUGGGACAGCUCGGUUACAAAGAGUGCAGGAUUUGACAUUUCCCAAGUUUGUGGUCUCCAGACCGGAUGAUGUGGCUGACAUGAGGAGUUUAUACAGUUGUGCUCCCUAAAAUAUAUGACAGUCACAUCUCUUUCCAGCACAGAUCAACUGAUAGGGUUUUUCAGGUUAUUAGUAGUAAUCAAGGAGAUCAUAUUUGAAACCAUUACAUUUACAAUAAAACUGAAUAUCUUCGUGUCAAAAUUCAGAAUAACAUCAUUUCUAAUGCGCAAGUUCUUUACGUAACGCAGCUCUGCACUGGAGACUAACAGUAGAGACAGCUGCAUCAGAGCAAAGUAGCACAUUCUAUCAUUAAUUCAGUUUGUCAGGAAUUGGUUCAUAAAAAAAAUGAUGCCCAUAAUCAGACAAAUGCUGAAUAUCUGAUCCGAUGAUCCAUUCCUACAGUGUCAUUAUUUCUGAUAGUGUUUUGGGUGAACUGACCCUUUAACAUACUGUGGGCUGAACCUCAGCUGAGUAGAUUUACGUGCUUUGUUUGGUUAUCAGCUUUUCAUGCAGACGGGCACAAACAUUUGUGUAUAUACAGAAAGUACAAAGAGCUCAUUGAUAUAAAGUACAAAAUAGAGGAGAAAAAAAAUGAACCAUCAGUUUUAAGUUUGUGUUCAGCUGAGGUUCAGUGCAGAGUGCAGAUGGGAGACUCUGGACUCCUUUGUCUACCUUUAUGUUAACAAAAGUGCUGUUGGCAUGUUUAAGAUGUCGUUUACUUUCUCCAAACACCCUGGUUGUUUGCAGUACUUCUCUCAACCCACGGUGAGGACAGUAAAUUAUUGUUUGCUUUUUUUAAUGCCCUUGUAAAAGUCUUACAGCAGGACCAGUUAGAGGAAAGGCUUUGACUAUCCAACCCUUUAAGAGCUGACGGCCGCUCGGCUCUUCCAUGCUGAUAGACUGUUAUUACUCGUCUGCUAGGAGUGUAAACUGAUGUGCUGUGGCGUUGUCAGUUUGUGUCAGUCGACAGACGAGCUGCAGGUUGUUUGUGCCCUACGUGAACUGACUGACUGUGUAAUCUCGCCUGUUAGCCAUACCUUCAUGCCCUUCACUCACAGCAGCAGCCCCCUUUUUUGUUAUUUUUCACCCAGCAGGCACUGGGAGCUGGACGUCUCGCUCUCUGUUCAGUCCUCUGGUGGAAAUCAGAAGUGGAGGUGUGAAUCUUACACUGCCGUCAACUUUUAAAGGCAACUCAGUGUCAUUUAUAUUACUGCGUUUUUGAUUUCCACCUUGAUAGGCUGAAACAUGGAGAGCAGCGGCAGCAGAAAAGGGCUUUUGGCCUAAAAGUCUGUAACUCCACAUGAAAUCUGUCAGAGACGCUUCACGGAGACGCCCACUCUGCCUCACACCCAUUCAAUGACCUCCUUGCACACACAUUAAUACAUUUUUUUUGUAAAAUAAAUGAAUAAAAUAAUAUAUUCAGAUACCUAUAUAGCAUUUAAGACAAAUGUAUAGAAUCCUUGAAUAGUGGCGCACUUAAUUAGUCACCAAAAACUUUUUUUUAUUUCCUCGUUUUCUUAUGUUGUUAAUUGCAGAAAAACACUUACAUUUCACAGCCUGUUGAAGAUGACAGGUGCUUUUUUUUUCUUUCUUUCUUUCUUUUUUUUUUUUUAAAAUAUAGAAGCAGGGUGUCCUGUUCUGAUGCUGCAGUGGUUUUCCCUUUUAAAUGCGAUCAUUACUUGGAUUUUAUUUAUUAAGGUUUUGUUGUUGGAUUGCUGUUAAAAAAAAAUCCAGACAAUUCAAUUGCCACAGGAUAAUCAGUGUUUCUGAGACAGGGACAGAGAGGCGCUUCUGAACGGUGGCUGCGGCGAUGCUCGUCAUUUCAGGAUAUUUUGUAUUAGCCAAUUGCAGCGGGAUGUGUGGAUGUAAUGAUUACCUGAUAACGAGAGGGGAAGGGAGUGAAAAGUCAGAGGUGUCAUCUAGCAUCAAAAUGAUACAAAAAAAAAAAGUGUGUCUGUAGCCAAUGAGACGUCUAUGCACUGAGAGAACAGUGGUCCAAAACAAGCAGCCUGAACCCAAAAUAAAAGCCCUCCCCCACACACGCACACACACGCACACACAUACACACACACACUACUUCAAACCCAUCUACAAACACUACCUCUACUUUGUACUCACACUCGCUCAUGCACACACAUUCACACACACACUCACACUGAGCUUGUAGUUGCUGAGCGCUUUUCAGAUUCACAUUGUCGAGAAUGGCCUUUUAUUUUUAUUAUUGAGAAUCUGUUUUUCCGUUAAGGGUACAGCACACGAGCGUAGACUAGCUUCAUAACGAUCAUUUUUGUUGUUGAGACUGCCAAUCUUACUACUCCUCCUCAUUCAGCUUGUCAUGACAGCAGCGAGCCCACUUGUGCCAGAUAGUCGCUGCGGUUCGCCACACAGGAUGACAAAAUUCAUACUGUCGGAGGAUAUGCAUCAAUUUGUGUGAACCGUGAUUGACAACGUGAUACUUUUGAAUCAUGCUGGUGCUGUUUUGCUGAUCCUAAGUUUGGCUAUAAACGUAGUGGCAGAAUCAGCAGGUGAUUGAAGCGUGCGGUGGAGCUGCUGUUUAAGGUUUAAGGGGGUCAGGACAACAACAGGCUUGAAGUGUUUGUUUUUCUCACUGCCCUCCUGUAGAAGUGGUGUUUAAUUGAACAGCUCAAAAUUUAGUCUUUCAAUUAGAGGGGAAAAAAAUAAGUUGUUUGCCCCCCACAGAUGAGAUUCUGUCACUUCUGUAAAUGUACGAUUUACAAAAGCACUUGAACCAGUGAUGCCAUGGCAACAUGACUGAGGCAUCACCUUUCCAAAUGUUUGUUUAUUUGACCGGCAUUAAAUGUGCAACAAAUGUAAAAAUAGUUUUGACUCAAAUCAGUUUCCUCGUAACAUGUAGAGAUUUUAACUGGAAGUAAUUUCGAAAGAAAAUGUUUGCCAACACUUUUUAAAAAUACAGUCAGACGUUCGCGAAAGACUGCAAGCUUAAAAAGAUGGCUGAGUGAGAUGUGUUAUUUCCCUUCAUGAGCUCUUUCACUCCCUGCAGACACACUGGCAGCAUGACUUCUCACUCUGUAUUUUCACCACCAUCACCGGCAUGUGGGGCACCAAGCUUGUCUUGUUCAACAAUCCAUGAAUGUGAAUUGUCUAAAAGGAAAAAAAAAGAAGAAAAAAAAGGCUAUUUUUUGCACAUUUAAGUAGACACUGCCACAGAGUGCAUCAAAAUAAAGCUGAAAACUGAAAGUGUGCCGUGCUGUUCAGUAUUGUGAGGAGCGUGAUGAGAGCUGGUGCUGUGGAGAGUUCUGGCUGGAUGUGUGUGGGAGGGUCUGCUAACGCGGGCAUCACUUACCACACGUUGCUGUGCUUUUUUUUUUUUUUUAUCUUUUCUUUUUUUCUUUUUCCUCCCAAGAAGUUCUCUUGCAUAUGUUGUAUUUUUCCUCACUCACGCUGACAGAGGCAUCACUGCAACGGCCCAGUAAUCACUCGACGUGUGUGUGUACAUGUGAAUGCAUCGAGCAUUGGUGCGACUGUGUGUGUGUGUGUGUGUGUCUCUUUUGGUGGAGACUGGUGCCAAGCAGUUUUAUUACGGGUCUCUCACAAAGGGAUCACUCAUGCUUUUGUUUGAUUUUCCUCUUUUUUUUCUCUCUCUCUCUCCUCCUCCCUUAUGUUUGAUAAGCACUUUGAACCUUCUCAUGUCUGUCAGAGGAGUGUGUAGCUGUACAUAGCAAUUUCCUGUAACAACAAGUGCUCCUUGUUCAGUCUGAAUAUUUUGUUUUGUUGGAUUUACUUUAAAGAGCAUUACAUUGUUGUAGAAUUAAAGGAAAAAUAAACUAGGUAAACCUA